AUGGAAACACCAAAACAAAACCACAUUGACAAGAAUGACUUUGAUCAUGUUUACGAACCAGCAGAAGACAGCUAUCUACUUAUUGAUGCAUUGGAAAAGGACUUGCAAUAUUUAAAAAGCAAGAAUCCAACAUUUUGCUUAGAAGUCGGGUCAGGCAGUGGUAUAAUAAUAACAGCUUUCGGAAUGGCAUUUCCGAAGGCAGUAUGUUUCAGCACAGACAUAAAUUUCAAAGCUUGCUCCAUGUCCAAAAGUACGGCAUUUCAAAACAAUGUUAUGUUGGAAACUGUCAAUAUGGAUCUAGGAAGUUGUUUUAUUGAAAACAAAUUUGAUGUUAUACUUUUUAAUCCACCAUAUGUUGUAACAGAUUCUAAUGAGUGUGGAAGUUUUGAUAUAACUGCAAGUUGGGCUGGAGGGGUAAAAGGUCGUGAAGUAACGGACCGAAUGCUUGAAUUAAUACCAAAGAUACUUACUGUUGAUGGCACCUUCUACCUCUUGUUAAUUGAAGACAACAUUCCAAGUGAAGUUAUUUCUAUUAUGGCUGAGAAUGGUUUUAGUUCAGAUGUUGUUAUAAAAAGAAGAGUGAGAAAUGAAUUUCAGUUAGUUGUAAAGUUUUUUCAAGAUAAAAGUAACUGAACCUAAAAUCCUGAAUCCUAAAAAGUCUAAAAAACCAAAAUAUCAGUGAAAUUUUUUUUUUUAAUUUUUAAGCGAACACUAUCAAAGUUUCCUUACAAUCUGCACAGUGAUUUUAGGACAUCUAUAGACAUACAGACAUGGUUUUUUUUAUUUAUAUGCAUGAAAAUACUUAACAAUUGUAUAUCAAAGCAAUCUGGACCUUUAAGACGGUAAAAUUAUGAGAUAAAUCAUGUAG